ACAAUUGUGCCGAUGGGCACGCACACGUGGCCACCAGUACGCAGAGGUUCUACAUGUUGCAGGCAGACACGUGUUCGCUCUCGCGCCGUCCCUUUCACCUUCAUCACCACGCGUCUGGCUCAAAGGCAUGGGCAAGAAGCAGAAGGGCAAGCAGAACGAGGCUGGUGGCAAUGCCGACGACGUGGACAUUGAUGCGCUGGCGGAGGAGAUUGAAGCGGCUGGCUCGGCUCCGGCUGCCAAGGGAGGUGGCGAGAAGAAGGGCAAGCGGAAGAAACAGAAAAAUGACUUCUGUGAGGAUGACAUCUUAAAAGAGCUGGAGGAGUUGUCUCUGGAUAGUGAAGCUGUCAAAAAGGAGGUGGCCAAGCCUGUUGCAACACGGGAGAGCGAUGAUGAGAGCCAAGGUGCUUCCAAGCAGGAAAAGGGAGCCAAAGGCAAGCAGCAGAAAACAGGCAAAAAACCUGAGGAAGAAGUGAUCACUCCGGAGGAUGAUGCACUAACGGCUGGGAAGAAGGGAAAGAAAAAGGGAAAACAAAAGCAGGAAGUGAAUGAGGAGUCUGAAGAUGAAAUGCUGCCUGCUGUUGGCAAGAAGAAAGGGAAGAAGGGGAAACAGCAACAACGAAAAAGCAGCGAUGAAUCUGACGAGGAGCAGGAUCAAAUAAAUAAACCUAGUGCCGAUUCUGUGAAAGAUGUGGAUUCGGACCAAGAGGAACAUGCAGCAGGUAAGAAGAAAAAAGCUGCGAUUAAACCUACUGCGAAGAAGGAGGAACUGGGAGGCAAAGAGCCCAUUCAGCCCCAGAAGGACAUGGUGGAGCUGAGUGAAGGGGACUCGGAAGAGGAAGAUGAAGGAAUAUCAAAGAAGGGAAAAAAGAAAAAGCCGAAGCAGGUGAAGGCUGAGAGUGAUGAUGAAGUUGUAGAGGAGGGAGAGAGGACUGUCAAGACCGCUGCCCAAAAACGAGCAGAGAAAAAGGAGCGGGAACGGAAAAAACGUGAAGAGGAGAAACUGAAGAUUAAGCUCAAGAAAGAUCAGGCCAAACCGAAUGAGGGGGAGAAGGUGGAGGGCCAGGCCACCGCAGCCCCUGCCAAAGCGACAGAGAGCAAGGAGCCUAAAGCAGGAGCUGAAACUGCUGAUGCUGAAGUGGCAGCCGAGGAGGACGAGGAUGAUGGUGCUGGGAAAAAGAAGAAAAAGGACAAGAAGAAGAAGACGGGUGAGAAGGGCGCCGGCGAGGAGAAGCCCGAGAAGAAAAAGGGAAUCAGCAAGGCGACGGUGAAGGCCAUGCAGGAGGUGCUGCAGCAGCGCCGCGAAGAGCAGGAGAGGGCCCAGCGCGAGGAGGAGGAGCGCAUUCGACGUCUGGAAGAGGCAGAGGCUCUGUGCCUGGAGCAGGAACGGCUGGAGGCAGAAAAAAAAGAAAGGAAAAAGCAGAAGGAGAAGGAGCGGAAGGAGCGUCUGAAGCAGGAGGGGAAGCUCAUGUCCAGCAAGCAGAAGCAGGACAAGGCACGUGCUGAGGCCAUGCUGAAGGCCAUCCAGGAGCAAGGGUUUGAGAUUCCGUCGAAGGAAGCUGGGCUGAAGAAGCGGCCGGUGUAUGAUGACCGGCGCAAGAAGCAGAAGCAGCUGGCGCAGGACAGCAAGGCAGCCGAUGGCACUGCAGUAACAGAAGUGAUGGAGGUUGAUGAAGCUUCGACUCCCGUUGAAGAAGCACCUGUGGAGUCGCCUGUAGAAGAACCAACAGUAACGGAAGAGGUCGUACCGGAAGAGCAGGACGACGAGCUUGAUGACUGGGAGAUGAUGGCGAAUGAUACGAAAGACGAACCUGAGGACGGCCCGCGACCACCGGAGAAGGUGCACAUCGAGGUGAAAGGCGGCGAAUCGGCGGUGGAUGGGCAUCCCGAGGAGGCAGCAGAGAGGGAGACGGAGAGCGGCAGCGAAGUAGACAGCGCCGACGAGAGCAAGGACGACGACGACGAUGAUGAAGAUGAUGACGACGAGAGCGAGUCGGAGUCGGAGUCCGAGUCGGACACCGACGACAGGACGAAGGAGCAAAAGAUUUACGACAACGCUAAGAAGAGGAUAGAAAAACGUCGAGCAGACAACUUGACCAAAGUGACAUUGGAUAGGCUGCGAGCACCGGUGAUUUGCGUGCUGGGUCACGUAGACACGGGCAAAACCAAAAUCCUCGACAAGCUACGGCACACGCACGUGCAGGAUGGGGAGGCGGGUGGCAUCACGCAGCAGAUCGGAGCUACCAACGUGCCUCUCGACGCCAUCAAGGAGCAGACCAAGAUGAUCAAAGAAUUUGACCGGGAUGCCAUCAAGCUGCCUGGCAUGCUCAUCAUCGACACACCUGGUCACGAGUCGUUCAGCAACCUGCGCAACCGUGGGAGCUCUUUGUGCGACAUCGCCAUCCUCGUGGUGGACGUCAUGCACGGCCUGGAGCCACAGACCAUCGAGUCCAUCAACCUACUCAAGACCAAGAAGUGUCCGUUCAUUGUGGCCCUCAACAAGAUCGACCGGCUGUACGACUGGAAACGUGGGCCAGACUCCGAUGUUGUCUUCACCAUCAAGAAGCAGAAGAAGAACACUAAAGAUGAAUUUGAUGUGCGCGUCAAGUCCAUCAUCGCGCAGUUUGCCGAGCAGGGCCUGAAUGCGGCGCUGUUCUACGAGAACAAGGACACGCGCACGUACCUGUCCAUGGUGCCCACGUCGGCCCACACGGGCGACGGAAUGGGCAACCUCAUCGCCCUCGUCGUGGAGCUCACGCAGACUCUGCUCGCCAAGCGGGUGGCCUACUCGCCUGAGCUCUCGGCGCAAGUCAUGGAGGUGAAGUCUCUCCCUGGGUUGGGCACGACCAUUGAUGUGGUGCUCACCAAUGGAAUACUUCGCGAGGGAGAGACCAUUGUGCUGGCAGGGGUGGAAGGCCCCAUCGUGACGCAGAUCCGGGGUUUGCUCAUGCCGCAGCCACUCAAGGAACUCCGCGUCAAAAAUCAAUACGAGAAGUACAAGGAGGUGGUGGCGGCGCAGGGUGUGAAGAUCAUCGCCAAGGACCUGGAGAAGGCCCUCGCUGGGCUGCCGCUGCUGGUGGCAUGUCACGACGACGAGGUCCCCGUGCUCCGGGACGAGAUGGAGAAUGAGCUGAAGCAGACGCUGAGCGCCAUCAAGCUGGAGGAGCGUGGCGUGUACGUGCAGGCGUCCACGCUGGGCUCGCUGGAGGCGCUGCUGGAGUUCCUGCGCACGUCCAUCAUACCCUACUCCGGAAUUAACAUUGGCCCGGUUCAUAAACGAGACAUCAUGAAAGCAUCCAUCAUGCUGGAACAUGACAGCCAGUAUGCCGUCAUCCUGGCGUUCGACGUGAAGGUGGAACGCGAGGCCCAGGAUAUGGCCGAAAGCCUGGGAGUGAAGAUCUUCAGCGCCGACAUCAUCUACCACCUCUUCGACGCUUUCACCAAGUACCGAGCCGACCUCAAGCGGCGCAAGCAGGAGGAGUUCAGGCACAUAGCGGUGUUCCCGUGCAAGCUGCGCAUCCUGCCGCAGUUCAUCUUCAACAGCCGCGACCCCAUCGUGUGCGGAGUCAAUAUAGAGGCCGGCAUUCUCAAGAACGGCACCCCCAUAUGCGUCCCCUCCAAGGGCUUUGUGGAUGUAGGAGUGGUGACGAGCCUGGAAAUCAACCACAAGGCAGUUGAUGUGGCUCGCAAGGGUCAGGAGGUAUGCAUCAAGAUUGAGCCCGUGCCAGGGGAGGCGCCCAAGAUGUUCGGUCGCCACUUUGAGGCCUCGGACUUCCUCGUGAGCAAGAUCAGCCGAGCAUCCAUCGACGCGCUCAAAGAUUGGUUCCGGGAUGAGAUGUCCAAGACAGACUGGCAGCUCAUUGUGGAACUCAAAAAGACCUUCGAGAUCUUAUGAGGACAGCGUAAGAUCGAGGUGGCGUCAGCACGACACGUCAAAGAAAAUCCACCCGGAAACUUUGUCUGUGUUCGUCGUCGUUGGAAGGACACGGGGGAGCGCACCCUCCCUCCCUCCCUCCCCCGGCCACGGGGAUGAAGCGUGUGCCACUUGAGAGCUUUGCGCAAGGUUGCUUGGUGAUGCCCGAAGGAUUCGAUAAAGUUGAUCACAUGGAGGUAGGUAUUGGAUUUUUAGGGCAGAUUGGUCGUCUCUCCAAGGUUGCCCCCCACAGUAGUUUGCUGCAUUUGUUUGCAACGUCAAUCUGUUUAUUGAAUUUCAAAAAAAUAAAAAGCAAAAGAUACAAAAAUUGUGCGAAAGCAUUUUGGCUUGCUUUGUAACUGGGCACACCGUUGAAAAACGGGUAAUUUGCAUUUUUUAAAAUUUAGAUUUGCUGCCGAUUUUAUAAUGAAAUCCAACAUUUCUCAAACUUUGUACGCAAAGUUGAUGUGCGCAGCUGCUUGCGUACACGGUUAAGGGCGUGUUAGACGCUUACAUGUCUGGAUAACAUUGUCGCCAUAGCCUACGUCAUCCGGUGGCAACUGCCGCCAGUGCGAGCGCCCUGUAGCGUCCGCAAUACAGCGAGCCUGCGAGAUUUAAUUUUUCCUUCUGAACAGGCGAUUCCAUCAAGCGGAUUGCAUGUGUGCGGGAAUGUCCUCUGCUCCAGUGUUUCCUGCCGUGCACUGUGGGGAGAAAGGAAUUCUGAUGCUGUGGUGGACUUUGCCUUUAUCCUUCACGGGAGAUUUCCGAAAGAUGCUGCUGUCUGACCUGCUGUAAAGUAAAACGCGUUGGCGGUGUCCCUGAGGCACCACCGCCUGUUAUUGUUUCCUGGUAAGACAGCGCCAUCGUCCUGCCUGGAGCAGUCACCGCCAGCAGAAGUCCAUGCACAUUCUACCACGAAGAUGAGCUUCAGCGACAAUGCACCUUGGAACUAUGCAUUACGCUGCAGUUUCCAAAACAUCGCUUCAUUUGGCCCGUGCUUUCUACAUUUCCACAUUUAUCGAUCUUCUCCAUUGAAAUACAAACGAAGUCGGCGCAUGCACUAUGAUUGGCAAACGCAUCCCACACGAUGUAGAGUAACGGGUUCAAAUUUAAAUAAUUAUUUACAGCCACUCUUAAUCCACUACACGAAUGUAUAAAGCCUUUACAUGCCAUAUCGGUCAUCGGAGGGGGGUGGCAGGACCCGUUCGAAUAUCGCUCGCUACUUAGAAAUGGCAGAGAAUCGAAUUUAUGUGAUCGGGUUUGUAGUGUAAUGCACUAAAUGGAGUAAUGCAAACGCCUCCGCCCACCCCCAAUCUUACUUGAAAACUGCCCCCCUCUAAAUCUUAACACGAGAUCACACCUGCGUAAAUUAUAUGCAGUUGAAUUUGAAUUGGUGCUCACUUUCAUCACGUGAGAUACGUCUACGAAAUCAUCGGACACGUUGCAGUAUCUGAGGAAUUUUGUAUUUGAAUGGAGAAAAUUGGUGUAAGGUGGAGAGACUGAUUGGUGGGUCACGGAGAUCGGAGUUCGGAACACCGUGUAUAAUGCCAUUGUCAGGUGGCAUUCUUCUUAACCUUUGGGCUUGAAAGUAACAGAUCUGGGUUCUGCUCAGUCCUUGGAUUUCCAUUCCUUUUUGCCAAAAGAAAAUACAUUCUUAAAUAAAAGAUCGUGCUUAUGUAUUUGCCA